CCGCCACACAGUGCCCCAUAUAUUGACUGCAACACAAGCUCAACAAACUCUCCAUGGCCCACACUCAUGGCGUUAGGAUCAGAAAGCAAAAGCGCAGUAUAUCCGACCUUCUUUCCCCGCUAAUAUUCCAUUCUUAUCGCCAAUUUUAUUCUCUACUCCGCCACUUCAAAUGAGCCGCUGAGUGCUCGCUCCUUUCAGGAAGAGAGUAUGGGAACCGGUGCAUCCAAGAACCCCGACAGCAGCUCCCAUGGCAGCGAUGAGAGAGAGGACCAAGCCGGCGGCCAGCUCUACGUGUCUCUCAAGAUGGAGAACUAUAGGCUCAAAGGGGAGCUCAUUCCCCACGUCUAUGGCUCCGCGCCCCUCGUUGGGUCCUGGGACCCCUCCAAAGCCCUGUCGAUGGAACGAGAAUCCACGUCUAUUUGGGAACUGAGUUUUGUUGUUCCGCCUAACCACGAGACUUUGGAUUUCAAGUUUUUGUUAAAACCCAAGUAUAGUAACUCCCCAUUUGUGGUGGAGGAGGGUCCAAACAGGCAAUUGUCUCGGGGUACGUUGCGCGGGGAUAGAAGUUGUGCGCUGUUUAAGUUGAAUGAGGAUGUUCUCGAGUAUGGAGUACUGAUUAAAGCUGACAGGGUCUCACCAUUUGAUCUUGCUGCUAGUUGGAGAGCGUAUCAGGAGAAUUUUCAGCCUUCCACUGUUCGUGGGAUACCUGACGUCAGUAUAAACUCAGCUGCUGAAGCCCGUAAUGAGAAUGAAUCUUCGGCAAGUUUGGAGCUUGAUCUUGAGCACUAUGUUGUCCCAGCUCCAACCUCAGCAAAUUCAGGUCUUGUUUAUGCAGCUAACAUGACGGAAACUCCUAGGUCACUGAGUCGUGUUGCGGUAUUUUCAAGGACUGAUGGCUCUAGUGGCACAUUACAUUUACAGAGAGAUACUGGUGCUGCUGUUGACCGACCCGAGGGGAUGGAAGUCAUUGUAUUAGAUGCAACAAAGCUGUCUUUAGGAUCUGGCUUGGCUGAGUCAAAGUCGGUUGGAACCAUUUCCUCUAUGCAGAAACAAGAAGGUCAUAGAGGACUCUUCGUGGAUCGGGGGGUUGGAUCUCCCAGACUUGUGAAAUCGGCAAGUGCAUCAAUGUUCACUGUUGAUCCGAAACUUAAUUCGGAGUCAAAGAACUCUAUGCCAGCAGCUGCAGGGGCUGUUGCAGCUGCUGCGGUAGCUGAUCAGAUGCUCGGACCAAAAGAGGAUAGACAUCUGGCAAUUGUCUUGGUUGGAUUGCCUGCACGAGGAAAAACCUUCACUGCAGCUAAACUUACUAGGUAUCUUCGUUGGUUAGGUCAUGACACCAAACACUUCAAUGUUGGAAAGUAUCGGAGACUAAAGCAUGGAGUUAAUCAGUCAGCUGAUUUCUUCCGAGGUGACAACGCUGAAGGCAUAGAAGCACGAAACGAGGUAGCAGCGCUUGCAAUGGAGGAUAUGAUAGCUUGGAUGCACGAGGGUGGCCAGGUUGGGAUAUUUGAUGCUACAAACAGUACCAGAAGUAGGAGGAAUAUGCUUAUGAGAAUGGCUGAAGGCAAAUGCAAGGCUUUUACUAAAGAUACCUAUAUGUGGCUCUGCAGAUUCGGCAAAAUGUGCUAUGCUGUUCAACAAAGCCCGGACUAUGCUGAAGAGCCAGAUUUUGAGGCAGGUUAUCAUGACUUUAAAGUCAGACUGGAUAAUUAUGAAAAGGUUUAUGAACCCGUGGAAGAAGGCUCUUAUAUCAAAAUGAUUGAUAUGGUCAGUGGCCAUGGUGGACAGAUACAAGUGAACAACAUUAGUGGGUACCUUCCUGGACGGAUUGUGUUCUUCCUGGUAAAUACACAUCUGACUCCUCGCCCAAUUUUGCUAACCAGGCACGGAGAGAGCCGAGCCAAUGUCAGAGGUCGAAUUGGUGGUGACAGUGUGAUAAGUGAUUCUGGUGAGCUUUAUGCGAAGAAACUUGCAAACUUUGUUGAAAAGCGUCUGAAGAACGAAAAAGCUGCUUCUAUAUGGACUAGCACAUUGCAGAGAACAAUUUUGACAGCAAGUCCAAUAGUUGGAUUUCCAAAGAUACAAUGGCGGGCACUUGAUGAAAUUAAUGCCGGUGUAUGUGAUGGGAUGACAUAUGAAGAAAUAAAGAAAAAUAUGCCAGAGGAAUAUGAGUAUGCUUCAGUUCCAUGUGCUGACAAAGUACAUGUUAGUUCACAUCUGCUAAGUUUAGUUCUAUUCUGCAAUCACAGAUCUCGUAAAAAGGACAAAUUAAGGUAUAGAUACCCUCGUGGAGAAUCAUACCUUGAUGUUAUACAAAGGCUAGAACCUGUGAUUAUUGAGCUUGAACGACAAAGAGCUCCUGUUGUUGUGAUAUCUCAUCAGGCUGUUUUGAGGGCUUUGUAUGCUUAUUUUGCGGAUAGGCCGUUGAAAGAGGUUCCUCACAUAGAGAUGCCACUUCAUACAAUUAUAGAGAUUCAAAUGGGAGUUACGGGAGUCCAGGAGAAAAGAUACAAGCUCAUGUGA